AUGGCUCCUGUUUUGAAGGAAUUGCGAAGAGGUAUCGUCUAUUCAAGCAGUGCACAAAAGAUUUGGAUAGGAUUCAAGGAACGAUUUGACAAAAUCAAUGCGACCAGAAUCUAUCACAUGCACAAAGAAAUUGGUGAUUUGACUCAAGGUACUUUGAGUGUUUCAAUCUUUUUUUCACGUCUAAAUGACUUAUGGGAUGAUUUUGAGUCUGUGAUCCCAUUUCCUGGAUGUGAUUGUGAAAAAUCAAAGACAUUUGUAGAGUACUUGCACCUGCAGAAGACAAUGAAGUUUCUUAUGGGACUUAAUGAAACUUACUCGCCUCAAACAAGUCAGAUUCUUAUGAUGGAUCCAACACCAGGUCUCAAUCAAUGGAUUUGUCAUGAUUGGAGCGAUGAUCAUUGCAUAAAAUUGUUGAAGAACUGCUAUGAAGCGCUUCCUGCGAAUGGAAAAGUCAUAAUUGUUGAGUGCAUACUUCCAGAAGCCCCAGACACAUCAGCUGCCACAAAGAGUAAAGUACAUGGUGAUAUUAUUAUGUUAGCACAUAACCCAGGAGGCAAAGAAAGAACUGAGAAAUAA